CACUGUGUUAUAGGAUACUAUAUUGUAACAGAAUUAGCAAAAGUAUGUUGUUCGUUUUGAUUCUGUUAAACUUGAUCGUCAUAACAUCAACCACUGGUAGUUGGCAUCAACUUGAUGGCAUCGAAUAUUACUUUGAGUAUACAGCAGUUAGUGGAGCUGGCGCAAACGCGGGCUGUAAACGAAUGAACGCCAUUUUAGCUGCUGUUAAAUCUCAACGAAUUCAAGAUUUUCUUGUCAAAAAUAUUAAUACCACAAAGUUAACAGUAAUAGGUGGACCAUAUUCAUUCUACAUUGGUUUGAGUCGUACUGGUCCAAAUAUAUUGCAAUGGUCGGAUGGUAAAACAACUAAUACAUCGGUGUUCACUUAUUGGGAUGUUUCUGAUGACGUCUAUGAUUCCAGUAAACUUUGCGUUACCAUGGGAUACCACGCUGCAUUGAAUGUUUUAUUUAAAUGGAAGAUUGAACCGUGCAGCGCUACACAUCGUUAUAUUUGUCAAAAAAAUACAACAACAACAAUAACAACACCAGAACCCACAACAACAGAACGUUCGUUCACUUCAAAAGAAACACCAACAACUGAAUAUAAAGAAGAAACAACCUUCAAGAAUAACCAUGCUACAAUGGAAAACUUGAAAAGUUGCGCGUGCAAAACACCAUCGUGGGUUAUCCCUAUCAUCGCGAUUUUAUCUGCAAGUCUUGUAUUCAUGCUAGCACUUGUGCUGUACUUGUGGAAAAGACUGAGUCAAUCAACCGUGAGAACCUGUAACAUCAAGGAUAACGUGGAUAUGACGCAAGCAUCGGGACAUAUUACUCCAUAUGCCACAACUUCUGGUUAUCAACAGCAAUACGAAAACCUGAAAGCUACUGAAACAGCAUACGAAGAAUUCAAUGGGAAAUAAUGGCAAUAUUACAAGCUUACAGCAUCNUCAAUGCAUAAAUUANAAUCUAACGGUUUUAAAAACGAAUGUAAUAUUUUGUUACUUGAUCCUUUACAUUCGGGUAUUGGGUUUUCUUUUGUUCAAAUGGCAUUUGUACAAUAGUUGUUUAAUAUUAACACGUACAUACACAACACAUGCUGGCGAAUAGAAAACGUGAAUCGGUAGUGAUAUUGCU